GCUCGUGACGCGCCGUUUUACGCACAACCGUGAGCGGCGCUCUGCCGUCCAGAACACCUUCACCAGUCCUCUGCACCGGCUACCGACGCGCUUACACACUCAUCGUUUUAAGUGUUUCUUACGGUAGGCCCAUGCAGUUAUUCGCUGUACUAUACACGGCCUUUUUCUUUCUUAUUAAAAGAGAAUGUGAAUGAUAUGGGGAAUGCUGUACGACCGAACGCUGAAUGAUUUCUAUGUUCUGUGGAGAGGAUCGUUCCUACGGUUAGGGAGUCGUUUCGUUUCGCUUUAUACGUUUACCAUCUCCUCCAUCCGAGAAUAUGGUGAACGCAUUGGUGAGGCAAGUGAGACGGUUCCCAUGGGUGACCAACGUGACCAUGUACGGAUGCCUUUUCGCCGGAGGAGACUUCGUACAUCAGUUAUUCACACGGAAGGAGAAGGACAUUGACUGGAGACACACUCGGAAUGUGGCCCUCAUCGCCUUCAGCUUCCACGGGAACUUCAGCUUCUUCUGGAUGCGCUUCUUGGAGCGGAGCUUCCCCGGGAACUCCGCCCGGAUGGUCGUGCGUAAACUGCUCCUGGACCAGACCACCGCGGCGCCGCUGCUCACCUCCGUGUUCUACACAGGCCACUCUGACGUGUCCAUGGCAGAGAGCACCAUCUCCCCAGAUGAGAUCGAGGUGGAGAUGAACCGUAUCCAGAGGCUGAGGGAGGUUCUGGUGCGCCGGGAGUCCGAGCUGCGCUUCAUGAUGGAUGACGUUCAGCUCUGCAAAGACAUCAUGGCUCUGAAGCAGGAGCUCAGGGUGAUUGUAGCCGUGCCAGAGAAGGACAAGUCCAGGCAGCAGAAGCAGCGAGAGGAGGAGCUGAUCCUGAAGAUCCACCAGCUGGUGCAGAAGAGAGACUUCCUGGUGGACGACGCGGAGGUGGAGCGACUACGGGAGAGAGAGGAGGACCAGGAGAUGGCCGAGUUCCUGAGGAAGAAGCUGAGGCCGCUGGAAAACAAGCUCAAAGUGACGCAGACCCCCCCCAAGCCCCACCAGAGACUGGAGCCGCCGCCCAACAAGCCCUUCAUCACCAAGUCGGGCGGAGCCAUCAUCAGGGACUGCUGCGGCAACGCCCAGUGCGCCGUCAUGUGA